UCAUCAUGUAUUGGAAAAAUAUUUGAAAAUAUGGUGAAAUCUCGACUUGACUGGUAUGCAGAAUCCAAUAAUGUCAUUCCACACAUUCAAUAUGGAUUUUGCAGAGGAAGAAGUUGUGUUGAUAGCUUCAUUUCUCUCAUAUCGGAUCUGAAAAAUGCAAAAAACAAUAAAUUACACACAGUUUGUGUAUUUCUAGAUGUGCAAGGUGCAUUUGACAGUGUGGAUCCUGGCAUACUGGUGAAGGUACUCAGUAAUUCUGGUAUACCUGGACAAUUAUGUAAAUGGAUUUAUGAUUUCCUUAAUAACAGAAUACUAUAUGUUAGGCAUAACAAAAUCUUAUAUGGACCUAGAACUGCAUCAAAAGGUACUAUACAAGGUGCCACAUUAUCACCCUUGUUGUAUAAUUUGUAUACUUGUGAGAUAUGUAAAUAUGUUAAUAUUAAAAAUGUAAAUAUACUUCAAUUUGCAGAUGAUUUAGUGUUGUAUAGUUCAGAUGUAAAUUUAACAGUAGCCAUUGAAAAUGUUAACACUGCCUUAAGACAGUUAAAUAAUUAUUAUCAACACACAUUAAAAUUGAAAAUAAAUGCUGGCAAAAGUAAUUUAAUGCUAUUUGGAAAGGACACACCAGUGGUGGAUGUUGUCUAUAAUGGUGAUGUCAUUCAAAGAGUCACCUCACACAAAUUUUUAGGUAUUAUCAUUGACCAGAAAUUGUCAUUUGAAGAACAUAUUAAAUAUGUAUCUAGAAAUGCAUUAAAUGGUGUUAACAUUUUAAGAUGUCUAGCAGGUGUUACAUGGGGUGCAGAUCCCAAAAUACUUUCAUUAUUAUAUAAAUCUAUUAACAGAGCUUUGAGGAUCAUAUCAGGAGCAAUGUGUUCGACUCCCAUAAGGGCCAUGGAAGUCGAAACAAAUAUUAUGCCAUUGAUAUUGAGACGACUUAUGCUUGCAGAAAGAUACUGCCUGAAACUAUUAUCAUCAAAUAAUAUCCAAAUUAUAAAUAGGAUAAUACCUCACCCAAUCAAUAUAGAUGGUCCACUCACUUCACCAAAUGAUCUCCUGAGAGGUACAUCUCCAACUCUGUGCCAGAUCUUCUUAGAAAUACAAUCUCAUUAUUCGAACAUCAAAAAACUUUCACACUGGUCGUGCUACACUCAUUCAUACAGUUGUAUCACUCAUCCUAUUACGAUUUUAUCAAAUUCAAUCGAAAAUAAUUCAGAUUUACUGGCUUUUAUAGAAGAAAAUAACAAGUAUUAUACAAUCUACACUGAUGGCAGUAAAGGCAAUGAUUUUGUGAGAAGUGCGGUAUAUGAUUCCCAAAAAGAUGUUGCUCAAAGCUUUGCUCUCGAUAAAAAGUGCUCCAUAUUUACAGCAGAGGCAUAUGCAGUUUUUGCCGCUUUAAAAUCUAUAAUUUCUAUAAAUAAUUGUAAAUAUUUUCUAAUUUUGACAGACUCUUUGAGUCUUUUACAUAGCCUUAAGCAUUCUAAUAUUAAUCAUUUUAAAACGAAUUAUAUUAUUUAUUUAAUUAAAGAUACUGUCUUGCGGUUGCAUAAAAAAGAUAUAACUGUUGCCUUUAUGUGGGUACCCUCACAUAAAGGCAUUACUGGUAACGAAAAAGCAGACAAAGCUGCAUAUGAAGGGAUUAACACUCUUAAUGUCAGAAAUGUGGUACAGGUUCCUAUGACUGAUUAUUAUUAUUAUAUCAAUAACUCGAUAAAAAAUUUAUGGACAACAUUAUGGGAAGAAGAUCAAAAAUUGAAAGGAAAAUGGUAUGGUAGUAUACAGGAAAAUUUACAUAUAAGACCCUGGUAUGAUGAGUUGAAUACUAGCUGUAUCGUGAGUCGUGAGUUCCACAAUCAACAGAUUGCGCUUUGGGCAUAACACUGCACCCGCGCACCUCGCUAAACUUAAUAUUAUAACUAACAAUAUUUGCUCUUUCUGUAAUAAUAACGAGAUCGCAGAUAUCAACCAUAUCUUUUUUAAAUGCCAAAACCAAAUAUUCAUUUUUAAUAUAUUUUUAAUAAUAUUGGCAAGUGAAAUAAUGGAAAUUAGUGAUCCCUCCCGCCGCCAGUUGUGUGAUUUGCUCAAAAACAAAAAGUGUUAUAGUGCAUUAUAUAAAUACAUCAAAAAUACCGUGGGAAAGAUUUAAGAAAACAAGUGAAACGAUAGAAUAACAUGUGAAUUAGUGACCGUAAAUAAGAAGACUUGGCUUAAAGGUCUCGUUACCAGGCCAUAAAAUUAUUAAAAAAAAAAAAAUUAAUGGAUAUUGGAGCUCUAGUGUUUUUAAUAAAAAUAAUUUUAGUAGCUUGAAAUUCAAAUGAAAUUCAAAGAAAGUCAGUGAUUUUAUUAGUCUACAUCAUUGCAAUGAAUUGAUGCUAUGUUUUAAUCCAAAAUGGCUUAUGUUAAUGGUAUGAAGUAUAGAUACGAAUUCUUUCUGAAUUCAGCCAUUCAUGACAAUUCAAUAGUUUACAUGUUAUGUUAUCGAGAAUUUAAAUGAUGAUGCCUAACGCCUCUGAUAAUAAUUGGGACCCUUACUUGGGAGGACUGUUAGCAUCAUCAAAAGAAGAACAGUGAAGUGACGAUGGAGAAGAUGAAGCAUUCCUUAGUGAAUUGUUACAAUCAAAACAACUGCAUUGUCUUGUCCAAGCCUAUAAAAAAUAGUAGCCACAGACCACUUUAUGCAUACAUGAUGGAGUAGCUGAAAAAGAUUAUUACCCACAUUUACCAGACAUUCCUCCGGAUAGAGAUGUGGAUGAAGAAACUGUGUACAAAAUAGUACAAUUACUUAAAAGUGAUCAACCCUUGGUGGCAGGCUCGGCGAGAAAACGAUAAAGUUAUGAGAGCGGGUUUGAUACCGUCUCGGGCUUUGCAGGAAGGUCGGAUUAUACAUGAGCGGCAAAGUGAUCCACAAUCUACUGACGGCAAACCAGCUCUAUGUUCACCAAUAAAUGGCAACACGGACUGUAGUCCAAACACAACUUGUUCGCCGACUCCAAACGCGACUGCGCUUCUUCCUUGCUAAAAUCUACGAUAUAAAAGAUAAUGAUGAUUUUGAUCGGGCGAUGUUACCGACAUACGAAGAAGUGGCAAGAUUGUAUCGAAGGCCGGGUGUAUUUCGACCGAUUGUGUUGGUUGAAUCACCAGGGCGUUGGUAGAAAUGAAAUGAGUCGACAACUCAGCGCUACCGAUCCGAAAGACACAUACAUACUUUUCGGGAUGAGAAUUACAUUGAAGUGCCACAGCAGACAGCACUAACUCUAAAGUAGUCAUGGACAGCUUCGAAAUUAGCACGUUACAUCUAGGUAAGGAUAAAUCAUUAUUGACCAUGUCAAUGAAGGAACAAGAGCCUGUGCCUGGGGAGAACUCAUUUCCUCUGGGAACAUUGAGAAUCUUAGAAGAAAAGAUUUCAAGUUGUGUUGUGCCUGUGCUGCCUGAACAGGAGUUAGAGUGUUUACUUAUUGCUGCCACAGAGCUUGCAGCUAAAGGUGAAGACGCUAAUAACCCAGGCUGUCAGCGUUUCUACAAUGAUGCACUCACAUUAUCAUUUACAAAGAUUCUUACUGAUGAUGCAGUAUCAUCAUGGAAUAUUAAUAUCCAAGAAUGUGUGCGUUCAAACUGCGAGAAACUUGUUAAAUUAUGUGCCAUGAAACUUGAUGAUCCUAGAUUCUUGAAUCUUCUUUCUAUGGCAUUAAAUCCUUACAAUAAAUAUCACACAUUUAACGCGACAAGAACAUGUGAAGGGCUUACAACAUCUUCACCGGACAACGGCCAAGAAAUAGAGGUUUAUGCUAAGUCACAAGAUCACAGGUCACCCAAAGGAUGGCUAGUUCAUCUUAUUAAUGUAUUUGGCCAGGCCGGUGGGUUCGCUAAAAUAAGGGAACGAUUUGAAAUCAUAAUGGGUUUCAAAAGUGCAGAAUUGACAACAUCCGUGGACGAAGAGGACUUCAUCAAUGAGAUCACUGACUGUGAAGAUCUGAAGGUGGAUGUCACCGAUAGCAUGAUCAGCAGCAUUGAGGGUUCGAUGUCGUCUCCCUCUGAUCAGCCGUCUUCUCUAGAGAUGUCCACUUCGGGCGAGAGCAAAGUGGGGGCUGUAUGGCAAUUACUGAAGCCGCUAGGACUGUGCCAUGAUCUAUUGACGCCUCACACUGUGACCGUUUAUCUUUUGCCAGUUCUGGAAUGUAUCCCGGCCUUUCAAGAGAGUCGGUCUGAUGAGGAGAUAAAACGCGGAGCGCGAGGCAUCGAGGCACGGAACUAUCAUAGCUUACUUAAAAGUUUUGAAACCAGACUCACUGAAAGUCUCAGUCUAAUAGAUUCCAUCACACCAGAUAUUGUGGUCGCACGUCAACAGGCACGCAUUGCUGAGAAACAAGCUAAUGAAGAAGAGGUUCCUACCUGCACAGCUCUAACUACUACUGGUGGAGCUGAAAACCCAAGGGCCCCUAAAAGCAUGGAGACCGAUCAAUCUAUGGAAAUACCACCUAGUAAAGCCACAGUACUAAUAGGUCACGAGGCUGAGGUGUUUGUUUGUGCUUGGAAUCCUAGCACGGAUCUAUUAGCAAGUAUUUCUGGAGACAGCACAGCCAGAAUUUGGGAUAUGUCUGAUAAUCCAACAACUAUUCCAAAUCACCUUAUAUUAAAGCACUGUAUUCAAAGAGAAGAAGCAGAAGUACCAAGUAAUAAGGAUAUCACAUCUCUUGAUUGGAAUUGUGAUGGUACUCUAUUAGCCACUGGUUCUUAUGAUGGCUAUGCCCGUAUCUGGACAACCGAUGGGAAACUGGUCUCAACAUUAGCUGAACAUAAAGGACCAAUUUUUGCUUUAAAAUGGAAUAAAAGAGGCAAUUAUAUAUUGAGUGCAGGGGUUGACAGUACAACUAUUGUCUGGGACGCUGCCUCAGGACAAUGCGCUGAACAGUUCCACUUUCAUAAAGCACCAGCUCUAGAUGUAGAUUGGCAAACUGAUACAUCAUUUGCAUCCUGUUCAACAGAUCAGACCAUUCAAGUGUGUAAUCUGAAUGUUGAUAAACCAAUUAAGAGUUUCUUAGGUCACACAAAUGAAGUUAACUCUAUUAAAUGGGAUCCCCAAGGACAGCUUCUUGCAUCUUGUUCUGACGAUUCGACGUUAAAGAUUUGGUCUAUGGAGCGUGAUACCUGUGUCCACGACUUAAAAGCUCAUUCUAAGGAAAUCUACACAAUUAAGUGGUCACCCACUGGACCAGAAACUCAGAACCCCAACAUGAACUUAAUAUUAGCAAGUGCCUCUUUUGAUUCCACUGUGCGUCUUUGGGAUCCGGAGAUAGGUGCAUGUGUUCACACACUCACAAAACAUAUGGAACCUGUAUACAGUAUUGCCUUUUCUCCAGAUGGAAAGUUCUUGGCAAGUGGAUCAUUUGAUAAAUGGAUUCAUAUUUGGUCCACUCAAACGGGAUCUCUUGUUCACUCAUACAAGGGAACUGGCGGUAUUUUUGCAGUUUCUUGGAAUUCAAGAGGCACCAAGGUUGGUGCAAGUGGUAACGAUGGAACUGUCUUUGUUUUAGAUUUAUGCAACCUGUAAGCAUUAUGUUAUUGGUUUAGGACUUUAUUCUAUAAUAGCUUCUGGUGUUCACAUUUUGGAGAGAACACAAUUAUUUUCAAAUAAUCAAGUAUUUAUUAAAUUAAUUCUACACUAUAGAUUUAAUAUCUAAGAGACACUCAGAUGAAUACAAAAUAUUUAUUAUAUAACUUUUUAGAGCUUGGUUUGAAUUUGUAUAAAUGUGAAGCUUAACUGAUUAAGAACUUGAAAAAUUAAUAGAUUCUAUAUUAUAGCAUGAAUAAAAUACAUUAUAUAUAUUUAGUCAUUGGGUGUGUAGACAAGAUUCCAAUCAAUUAAAUUCUUAAGUUAAGUUAUAUUAUUAACUUUAAUUUGUUAUUGUAUUAAAUAUAAUGAACUUUUGUCAGAGCUAUGACAAAUUGUAAUUUAUGUCGCCUAUACUAUUAAUUAUAAAUCAGCCUCUGUAA